AUGCUUCGGCGCCUCAAACCGCUUGACGGCCAUUUGGAUGCGCCAGCCGCCGAAGCUUUGCCCCAUGAAGGCCCUCAAUCGCCGCAUGGCCCCACAAGGCAACUUGGAAGCGUCGGGCGACGAGCGCGUAGCCGGAAGGGAGCAAAGGCUAAGCACAAGCAGCUCUUCGGCAAGCGCUCCAGGAAAUGCACCGCAGGGCAGGCGCGAGCCCGGGCUGUGUACUUGGCGACACCUGGGUGCCUGGCCGAGCAGGUCAACAACGCGAGGGAACAGGAUGCAGCAGCGUUGCUCGUGCCAGCCGAGGGAGUGGGAACCGGCCAGACAGAGGUGCUGUCCUCUGUGGUGACGAUUGAAUCUGCACCUGAGUUGCCGCUGCCUCCACCUCUAAGUUGCAACUUGGCCACACGUCAAAUAGCAGGCGCGCCCAAGACGGUCCUAACGCUUCGCAGAGUGCUGCUUGGCUGCUCGCAGUCGGAUGGACCUGUCUUGGAGGUGGGAGCAGGGACGGAAUGUGAACUGUAUGAUUGCCACCUGCGCGGGGGCAUCAAACUGUGUGAGGGUGCAAGCGCGAAGCUAGUCAGAACACAUGUCAAGGCGUCAGCUGGAGCUGGUAUUGAAGGAAGGGCUUUUGACAACCUCGUGCUCAUGGCCUGUGUCAUCCAAAAUUGCGCGGCUGAUGGCUUGACACUGCGGCGUGGCAAGGCCGACAUCUCUGAUUGCACCAUCAGCGAUUGCGGUCAAAGUGGUUUGGUGCUUGGGCCUGGCGAAUGGAAGCUUACAGGAUGCACGAUGUCUGGCAACGCUCAGUAUGGUGUGUGGGCAGAAGCUGAUGCCCAUGUGACAUGCAGGGGCAAUGUGGCUAUUGACAACAACUUGGGCGACAAAGGCGGCCGAGGGGAUCUUCCAGACUGGCAUGCAGGAUGUGGUCUUUUACCCGGGGAUCACUGUAGAGUUUGGAGUGAAAGCCGCAGCAAGUGGAUGCAUGGUCAUGUCGCCGAAGUCACCGACGAGGUUGCAGUAGCCAUCAAGGGCAAGUCUGGCUUGGCCCCUCCUGAUGAUGCAGCUCCUGAUGCAGCUCCUGAUGCAGCUGCUGCUGAUGAUGCAGCUCCCGAUGAUGUAGGUAACCUCCAGGUGGAUUCACAGCAAAGCGCACAGCCAGAUAGACCUCAUGGGAAGACAGCGGCAGGACUGAAAGUUCCUUUGGCUGGUGUACGGCCUCGGCGCAGUGGUGGAGAUGCUCCGCCUGCCUAUUCGAAGGCCGGACAACGAAGAGGGCCUUACAGACUGUUCAUGGCAGAAGGCGGGUCUGGCAGACAAGGAUGGCGCCAGUUGCCCCGCGAAGUGCAGGCAAGAUUUCAUGCAGAAGCACGCCGUCAACGCAGACAGAUUGGUGUGGCAAAAGUGGCAAAGUCGAAAGUUGCUGCUGCAAGAGCCAGGGCUGCAGCCGCGUUGAAACGGCAUGUGGUCCCAGCCUGGCUGCAGCGGCAAAGGUCAGCCCAUCGACACAAGCCGGGCUGA